ACAUUUGGGAAAUAAAUGGUCUGCGUAGAGGAUCCACCGAUCCUCCCAGGUACUCAUCAUCCAACUCCAACCCCUUAUCUAAAUCUAAAUCUAACCCUAACCCAUAAAUCCUCUAAUCUCUAUCAGCAUACAGUAGAGAGAGAAACCCGGAAUUAAAUUAAGAGAGAGAAACCACAAAAACCCACAUCCCCUCGCUCAUCACAUCAUUCUUCCUAAUUCUCAACCGCAUAUGAAUCUCUUUCAAGUAACCUAGAUUUCCUCCCAUGGGAGCAUCCAAUCGAUAGUUACUCUUUCAUCUUCAUCAUUCACUCAUCAUCGCUUCUUAAAUAGGAUUUUGGUGGAUCUUUGAUGUUCGAUAUUCUUCUUCUUCUUUUCUUCAGGUUGAAACUCAAUAAUCAACCAUAAGCAAGAAAGAGUGAAUCUUGGUCAAAACCCUAUUUUCUCAACUUUCUUGCUGUUUGAUAGCUUAAUUCUUGAGGGUUUCCAAUCUGAAAGAGUUUGAAGCUUUGGAGUGGACAAUCGAUCGAGAUCAAUGGAUCAGAUAACGGCAUCAGCGCACGGACACUCUCUUCCUCCCCCUUUUCAUACAAGAAACUUCAAUCUGCAUCAGUUUCAGCAACAAAAUUCUGAAGAUGAACAAAGUGGUACGAGUGGUCUCAACAUGGCAGGUCAUAAAAGAGACCGUGACGAGAAGAACAACGAUGAUAUGUUAAAUGGCAGCGGUGGCGGCGGCAGUGAAGGCAAAGAAUUAGAAAUCUCACGGCGGCCAAGAGGAAGACCUGCAGGUUCCAAGAACAAACCCAAACCCCCGAUCAUCAUCACAAGAGACAGCGCCAACGCACUUAGAACCCAUGUCAUGGAAGUCGCCGAUGGUUGUGAUGUGAUGGAAAGCAUCGCCACCUUUGCACGGCGGCGCCAGCGUGGUGUCUGCAUUAUGAGCGGUAGCGGCACCGUCACAAACGUUACUCUCCGACAACCCGCAUCACCAGGUGCCGUCGUCACAUUGCACGGUCGAUUCGAGAUCUUGUCGUUAUCAGGUUCUUUCCUCCCUCCACCAGCUCCACCUGCGGCCACGGGGUUGACUAUUUACUUAGCUGGCGGACAAGGACAGGUGGUUGGUGGAAGCGUUGUGGGGGCACUUCUAGCCGCCGGACCUGUGGUAAUCAUGGCGGCAUCGUUUAGCAACGCCGCCUACGAAAGACUCCCUCUCGAAGACGAAGAAAGCACUUUACCAUUGCAAGGUGGUUCAUUAGGAUCUCCGGGAGACAUGACUCCACCACAACAGCAGCAGCAGCAGCAGCAACAACAACAACAACUAUUAACAGAUCCUUCACUCUUCCAAGGCAUGUCUCAAAACCUACUCAACUCAAUUCAAUUACCAAACGACGCUUACUGGGGCAACGGCGGCGGCGGUGGAGGUGGUGGUGCUGGUCGUCCUCCAUUCUAACACUAGAUCGAUCUCAGACAUGGAAUGUACGUACAUCAUCAGUUCUUUUGAAAACCACACACAGGAAGAAUUGAUUGAAAUAUCAAAAUACCCGAAACAAGAUUUAGGACGUUUAUGUUAUUUAGAGGAUUUGAACUGUUGAGCAAGAUUUCAGGUUUCAUUCUUUUACCCUUUUCUUCCUAAUUUAUGUCCAACUCUUUUGUUUUCUUGAUCUGGUUUUGGUUAAUUAGCUGUUCUCAAUUUGAUAUUAUGAUUGUUAAUUAAUUAAGAUGAUCAUCAUAUGCAUGUACUUUGAUUGAAACAUCUUUGUGAAUUGUAGCUUCUAUCAUUGGUGAUCAUGAUCAGUUGGAUAAAUAA